AUGUCGCGGGCGGUGCCUUCCGGGAGGCGCGAGGGUAUGUUCCUCGGCCGCUACUGUGAAAUAUUUGGUCGCGGCGAACGACUAGGAUGUAUUCUGAAUUUUGGUCAUUCUUUUGAGGCUAUCGAGGCGUAUCUUGGGCGACGGCCGACGCGGGCGCGCGCGAGGACUGGGUGCGCGAGCGCGUCGCGCUGGAAACGAAACUGCGGGACGCGGAGCAGGCCGCCGACGUCGCGGUGCGCGAGCGGUCGGACCUGGCGGAGGCCCUGCGCAAGGCGCGGAACGAGGCGCGGUCGUUGGAUCCUGUGUGGAGAAUUAUUGCGGAGACCUACUUCAGCCCGAAAUUUUAUUUCCACACAGGUUGGAGCUGGACCUCGCGGCGGCCAAGGACGACUCGCGCGCGAGCGCGUCCCUGGCGCAAAAACUCGAGACCGAGGCCGUCCGCCGGCGGGACCUCGAGGGCGAAGUCUUGGCGCUGCGCGGGACGAAGGACUCGUCGCUCGAGAACGCCCUCGAGGCCGAGCGCGCGAGGACCGCAGAACUCGAGCGGAGCCUGGCCGAGGCGCGGGCCGCCCCGCCGUCGCCGCGCGACGAAAGCGCGCUGGAGCGCCGCGUCGCCGACCUCGAGCGGCUCGAGGCGGCGCUCAUGCUACGCGUCGAACAGGAGCAGACCGCGGCCCGGGACAAUCAGAAACGCCUCGUCAACGCGUUGCGAGAAAACUCCGAACUGCGGGCGCGCCUCUCGGACUCGAGCGCGUCGGUGCGACGGACGGUGCUCCUCGAGGACGUCGAAGACAGCGACAGCCUGGCGCCGGUCCCGGCACCACCGCCGAGGCGGCGCCGGUCCUCGUCGGCGUCGCUCUUCGGUGAUGAGGACCCGAUCUCGUCGCUGCGCGGCCGCUCCGCCGUCCCGCGGUCGCCGCGGCGGCGGUCCGCGUCCGGCUCGUCCUUCGUCGACGUGGGACCGGUGCACAAAACGCGCGCGCCGCGGUCCGCCGCGCGAACGCCGCGGCGCCGCGGGACGACGCCGACGAUCGACGACUACUACGCGAAGUACUCGCGAUCUACGGCCGAGAGGCUCUACGAUCACGACAACGCGACGCGUCGUACCUUCGACGAAGCCGCCAGGCACGCCGAGGCGCUCUUCGCGGCGCAUGACAUGUCGCCUGCUAGGGAUUAG